AUGGAUUCACCGGAGCCCCCCGCUGCCCAGCCGCUGUCCAAUGAGGUGCUCAGUCAGUCAGUCAGUCAGUCACAGAGCAGUGGGUUAUCCAGCUUGCUGCACACAAAGCAUCCAGCCGACUGGAACCACAUUGGGACAGAAUCAGCAAGGUUUACACAGGGCCAGUGGGAACACUCUCUUUUGUCUGUCUCUCUCACCCUGUCUCUCCUUCUCUCUCUGCAUCUCUCUAUCUGUCUGUCUCUCUCACCCUGUCUCUCUGUCUCUCUUUCUCUCUCUGCAUCUCUCUAUCUGUCUGUCUCUCUCACCCUGUCUCUCUUUCUCUCUCUAUCUGUCUCUCUCUCACCCUGUCUCCCUGGGCAUCGCUCCUAUCUGUUCUGUCUCUCUCACCCUGUUCUCUCUUGUCUCUCUUUCUCUCCUCUGGCAUCUCUCUAAUCUGUCUGUCCCCCCUGGUCUCUCUCCCCUGUCUCCUCUUCUCUCUCUUCUCCUUUCUCUUCUGCUAUCUGUCUCUCUCUCAUCACCCUGUCUCCUCUCUGCAUCUCUCUAGCUUUCUGUCUCUCUCCACCCUGUCUCUGUCUCUCUUUCUCUCUCUGCAUCUCUCUAUCUGUCUGUCUCUCUCACCCUGUCUCUCUUUCUCUCUCUUUCUCUCUCUAUCUGUCUCUCUCUCACCCUGUCUCUCUGCAUCUCUCUAUCUGUCUGUCUCUCUCACCCUGUCUCUGUCUCUCUUUCUCUCUCUGCAUCUCUCUAUCUGUCUGUCUCUCUCACCCUGUCUCUCUUUCUCUCUUUCUCUAUCUCUCCUCUACCUCUCUCAUCUCUAGUCUCUCUCUCACCCUCCGUCCCUCUCUCUGCAUCUCUCUAUCUGUCUUUCCUUCUCCUCUCACCUGUCUCUCUUCUCUCCUCCCUGUUCUCUCUUUCUCUCUCCUCUACCUGUCCUUUCUCUCUAUCUGUCUUCUCGUCUCUCUCUCACCUGUCUCUCUGUUCUCUCUUCUCUUUCUCUCUCUCAUCUCUCUAUCUCUCUCCUCACUUCUCUUCUCUCUCUUCUCUCUCUCUGUCUCUCUCUCAUCCUGUCUCUCUGCAUCUCUCUAUCUGUCUGUCUCUCUCACCCUGUCUCUCUUUCUCUCUCUAUCUGUCUGUCUUUCUCACCCUGUCUCUCUUUCUCUCUCUAUCUGUCUUUCUCUGUCUGUCUCUCUGUGACUCCUUUUUUCAUUCUUGUUAUCGCUGCUAUACCUCACUUUCUCCUUCUACCACUGUAUACCUCACUCUCUCCCUCUCUGUCACACUGUAUCAGUCCACUUUAAUUAAAGGUCCUCUGUGUGCCUCUGCCACUGCCCGUCCCGGAAUCCCUGUUUCCACGGUGACAGUUGGGGAACACACUGAUAAGGCAUGUGAGUGGUCGUUGACCAUUUUGGCCAAGAGGCAAAACAUUUCUCACUCAUAUCUCACAUACUCUGUCAAUGGCAACCACAAUGUUCUUUUUUAGAGUUUUGGGAAAUAACUGUCAUUAUUCUAAAAAAAAUUGUGGAAAUAGAUGGACACCCAAGUUGAACUGUCAGGGCCAUGUAGUCACUGUGUUUGAGAAGUGUCUAAGGAUCUAUUCAUUGGUGUUGAUGCUGUACAUUAUCUCACUCUCAGGGACUCUUCAGGCAGGUGCUACUUAGCUUAAAACAGACAUGUUAAUAUGGCUAUAGACCCAGCAGUGUAACCACAACUCAUAGGUGUGAUAAAUAGGAGGACAGUCACAUACUCACAUCCUGUUCUAAGUUAUCUGUCUACCAAUUUUCACAUCCUGUUCUAAGUUAUCUGCCUACCAAUUUUUAGUCAUUUAGCAGACCCUCUUAUCCAGAGCAACUUACAGUAGUGAGUGCAUACAUCUAACAGGUGGAUAAGGCUGCACCCAAAUAGCACCCUAGGGACCAUAGGGCUCUGGUCAAAAGUAGUGCACUAUAUAGGCUAUAGGGUGUCAUUUGGAGACGUUGACCCCCUCGCAGCCCUGUUUUAGUGUUUGUAUGUGAUGUGACUCACCGACUAGUUAGAAGACAACCAAUGCUAAACAUGCUAGGUCCUACAGAGGAUGAGUUUACCUGACGAUGAGGAAACACAGAAAGUUGUAUAAGUCUUUAUCAGAAUGACUAAUACAUGGGUGUGGGCAGUGUGGGCAGUGUGGGCAGUGUGGGCAUGUAUAUAUUUACAUUCUCAAGGCUGUUAACCAUUCCAAAACAGCACCAUGGAAUAUUUCAGUUGCUGUUGUAUUUUUGAAUCUGAUUCUAUCAUCAUAGUGUAUGAUGAAGGUUCCAUAAUGUAAACACACAUAAACACCACAGAACAGCCUCGAUUCGUCGGGGCAUGGACUCUACAAGGUGUCGAAAGCAUUUCACAGGGAUGCUGGCCCAUGUUGACUCCAAUGCUUCCCACAGUUGUGUCAAGUUGGCUGGAUGUCCUUUGGGUGGUGGACCAUACUUGAUACACACGGGAAACUGUUGAGCGCGAAACACCCAACAGUGUUGCAGUUCUUGACACAAACCGGUAUGCCUGGUACCUACUACCAUACCCUGUUCAAAGGCACUUCAAUCUUUUGUCUUGCCCAUUCACCCUCUGAAUGGCACACAUACACAAUCCAUGUCUCAAUUGUCUCAAGGCUUAAAGAUAUAUUUUUAACCUGUCUCCUCCCCUUCAUCUACACUGAUUGAAGUGGAUUUAACAAGUGACAUCAAUAAGGGAUCAUAGCUUUCACCUGUAUUCACCUGGUCAGUCUAUGUCAUGGAAAGAGCAGGUGUUCAUAAUGUUUUAUGUAGUUAUUAACAGUGUUAUUAAAAACCAUUACAAUUUUAUAAUAGUAUCCCUAACCCUAUAGUACCUUAGCCGUGUAGUAGUAUGGAGCAAAAUGCUGCAGUUAUGGAGUUGUGAGCCUCAUUUCUCUAUUUGUGUAAAGUGUGGUGACACCUGGCCUGUGUUGGGUUGGGUCUUGUUACGGCAUAUGAACUUAACCUGAUUGUGGUGUCACCACCCUACUAAGCAAAAGGCUCUUUGGACUGCAGUAUAAAAUGCUCAGACACCGUGUUUUGAACAAAGUCUAUUAAAUCGAUUUAUAUUGGCUUCCACAGCAUACGUGAAGAGUAGCAUUAUAUCCCAUUCUAUGUCACUGUCUUCAAGUAAGAAAAAUGCAUUAUUGGGCAAUGCUAAAUCCUAACCCAUUAUUUCUGUACUGCUUCAGUUCUGAAGAUUUUACAUUUUACAUUUUAGUCAUUUAGCAGAUGCUCUUAUCCAGAGCAUCGUCAUCAUCAUUCAUCGUAAUUAAUUUUAUUUAACCAGGGUAGCUCGGUAAGACAACCACGUAUCACAGUCAUAGUAAGUAAAACCUUUCCUGAUUAAAGCAGCUAUCAGUGAAGUCAGUGAUAUUAAUAAAAUAAAAGGCAAGUGUUAGUGCAAGAAAGGCAAGGAAGGUCGUUUCUUCAAACAUUGCCAGUGUUUCUAGUGUUACUCAGUGUCUCUUUGUGUCAUUUCUGUUAUUGUUAUGGAAGGUGUCGUGACAUGAGUGUUGUUUUGUUGUCCUCAGAGGCCUUAGUAGUGGUUUGAAUAACACUCACACUCAUCUCAGUAGGCCCCUGUAACUACUGUGUGUUCUCUAUGACCAGCCACUGCGCCGACAUGUCUGCUCCUCAGACCAGUAAUCUGUACACAUUGUCAUGCUGUGACUUGUCCGGAUUGGUCAUCACUGAUACAGUCAUGCACAGCCAGAUAUUUAUGAUGGUGUGAUCUCUCUCUCUCUCUCUCUCUCUCUCUCUCUCUCUUGCUCUCUCUCUCUCUCACACUCUCUCUCUCUCUCUCUCUUUAUAUCUCCCUCUCUCCCUCUCUGUGCUCCCUCUCUCCCUCUGUGCUCCCUCUCUCCCUCUCUGUGCUCCCUCUCUCCCUCUCUGUGCUCCCUCUCUCCCUCUCUGUGCUCCCUCUCUCCCUCUCUGUGCUCCCUCGCUCCCUCUCUGUGCUCUCUCGCUCCCUCUCUGUGCUCCCUCUCUCCCUCUCUGUGCUCCCUCUCUCCCUCUCUGUGCUCCCUCUCUCCCUCUCUGUGCUCCCUCGCUCCCUCUCUGUGCUCUCUCUAUCUCUGCAGGUUGGAGCAUCCCCCGGUCCUUAUCCUUUAAUGUGGGAACUGCUGGAGCCAAGGUAUUCUCUGAACCUGCUGUAGAGGAGUUUGGAUACACUGUGCAACAGUUCAGGAAUCACCAGGGCAAAUGGUGAGACUACUGAGUAAUGCAUUGCAUAGGCCGCAAUGCAGAAGUACUGUGUGGUUUAAUCUAUGGCACAUUAACUCUCUCUGUGUGGAUGGAAACAUCGUUAACAAAGGAAAGGGACCUGAAGAUGUUGUUCAGUCUCCACACUCCACUAGACAAACAUUUCAUAAGAGAUGUUAAGUGGGAAAUGACCCAACAGAACAAAUAAUGAUGACGAGUUGUAUCAUCGCCUCAAGGACUUACAGUGCCUUGCAAAAGUAUUCAGACCCCUUGGAUAUCUUCAAAUUUUAUUGUGUUACAAAGUGGGAUUGGUUUUAUUUUCAACAAUAUACACAAAAUACUCUGUGAUGUCAAAGUGUAAUAAAAUGUAUAAAAUAUAUAAAUUAAAUAACUAAAAUAUAGUUGUUGCAUAAGUAUUCGGAUCCCUGAGUCAAUACUUAUAGAAACACCUUUUGCAUCAAUUACAGCUGUGAGUCUUCUUAGGUAAGUCUCUAAGAGCUUUGCACACCUGGAUUGUGCAAUAUUUACACAUUAUUCUUUUCAAAAUUCUUUAAGCUCUGUCAAGAUGUUGGGGAUCAUGGCUAGCCAGCAAUUUUCAAACAGAUUUAAGUCAAAACUCUCCAGUAUUUGCCGAUGUAAAGCAUACCCAUACCAUGAUGCAGCCAACACCAUGCUUGAAAUUAAGGAGGCAGUUACUCAGUUAUGUGGUGUUGGAUUUGCCCCAAACAUAAGGCUUUACAUUUAGGCCAAAAAGUGUAUUCCUUGCUGUGUUUUUUUUGCAGUAUUACUUUAGUGCCUUGUGGCAUACAUGAUGCAUUUUUUGGAGUAUUUCUAUUCAGUAUAUUUGUAUUCUUUUCACUCUGUCAUUUAGGUCAUUAUUGUGGAGUCACUACAAUGUUGUUGAUCCAUCCUCAGUUUUCUCCCAUCACAACCAUUGAACUCUGUAACUCUUUUAAAAUCACCAAUGGCCUCAUGGUAACAUCACUGAGCAGUUUCAUUCCUGUCCUGCAGCUCAGUUCAGAAGGAAGACUGUCUCUUCGAUGUGUCUAGGUGGUUAAUACAUUAUCCACAGCAUAAUUAUUAACUUGACCAUGUUUAAGGAGAUAUUUAAUGUCUGAUUUGUUAUUGUUACCCAUCUACCAAUCACUGCCUUUCUUUAUGAGGCUUUCGAAAAGCUCCCUGGUCUUUGUAGUUGAAUCUGGGCUUGAAAUUCAAUACUUGACUGAGGGACCUUACAGAAGGUGAAAGGGGUAGGGUGGCAGGUAGCUUACUGUGUAAGAGCGUUGUGCCAGUAACCGAAAGGUCGCUGGUUCUAAUCCCUGAGCUGACUAAGGUGAAACAUCUGUCGAUGUGCCCUUGAGCAAGGCACUUAACCCUAAUUGCUCAUGUAAGUCACUCUGGACAAGAGUGUCUGCUAAAUGACAAAAAAAUAAUUAUGGUAGUAGGUGAACGGGGUAUGGUAGUAGGUGAACGGGGUAUGGUAGUAGGUGAACAGGGUAUGGUAGUAGGUGAACGGGGUAUGGUAGUAGGUGCCAGGCGCACCGGUUUGUGUCAAGAACUGCAAUGCUGCUCAACAGUUUCCCGUGGGUAUCAAGAAUGGUCCACCACCCAAAGGACAUCCAGCCAACUUGACACAACUGUGGGAAGCAUUGAAGUCAACAUGGGCCAGCAUCCUUUUGGAACACUUUUGACACCUUGUAGAGUCCAUGCCCCAAUGAAUGGAGGCUUUUCUGAGGGCAAAAUAAUUUUAGAAAGGUGUUCCUAAUGUUUGGUAUACUCAGUGUAUUUUAGUUCAGGAGUAACAGAGUAACAAAAAACUAUAAUUAAAUCAAUUUUAAUUUCACUUUGUAACACAAUAAAAUGUGAAGAAAUCCAAGGGGUCUGAAUACUUUUGCAAGGCCCUGUAAGUGGACUUCUAUUGAAUGUGGUUUUGACUAACAUCGUCCCCGGGCUAAUUCAAUAGGUGUUUACGAACCUCGUCCCCGGACUAAUUCAAUAGGUGUUGACUAACCUCAUCCCCGGACUAAUUCAACAUGUUUUGACCAACCACGUCCCCGGGCUAAUCCAACAGAUUUAGACUAACCUCGUCCCUGGGCUAAUUCAACAGGUUUUGACUAACCUCGUCCCCAGACUAAUUCAACAGUUUUUAACUAACCUCUUCCCCGGGCUAAUUCAACAGGUUUUGACUAACCUCUCCCCCGGGCUAAUUCAACAGUUUUUGACUAACCUCGUCCCCAGACUAAUUAAAAAGUUUUUAACUAACCUCGUCCCCAGGCUAAUUCAAUAGGUGUUAACUAACCUCGUCCCCGGACUAAUUCAACAUGUUUUGACCAACCACGUCCCCGGGCUAAUCCAACAGAUUUAGACUAACCUCGUCCCCGGGCUAAUUCAACAGGUUUUGACUAACCUCUUCCCUGGGCUAAUUCAACAGGUUUUGACUAACCUCGUCCCCAGACUAAUUCAACAGUUUUUAACUAACCUCUUCCCCGGGCUAAUUCAACAAGGUUUGACUAACCUCGUCCCCAGACUAAUUAAACAGUUUUUAACUAACCUCGUCCCAAGACUAAUUAAACAGUUUUUAACUAACCUCAUCCCCAGACUAAUUAAACAGUUUUUAACUAACCUCGUCCCAAGACUAAUUCAACAGGUUUUGACUAACUUCGUCCCCGGGCAAAUUCAACAAGGUUUGACUAACCUCGUCCCCAGACUAAUUCAACAGUUUUUAACUAACCUCGUCCCCAGGCUAAUUCAACAGGUUUUGACUAACCUCUUCCCUGGGCUAAUUCAACAGUUUUUAACUAACCUCGUCCCCAGACUAAUUCAACAGGUUUUAACUAACCUCUUCCCUGGGCUAAUUCAACAGGUUUUGACUAACCUCUUCCCUGGGCUAAUUCAACAGGUUUUGACUAACCUCUCCCCUGGGCUAAUUCAACAAGGUUUGACUAACAUCUUCCCUGGGCUAAUUCAACAAGGUUUGACUAACCUCUUCCCUGGGCUAAUUCAACAAGGUUUGACUAACCUCUUCCCUGGGCUAAUUCAACAAGGUUUGACUAACCUCUUCCCUGGGCUAAUUCAACAAGGUUUGACUAACCUCUUCCCCGGGCUAAUUCAACAACGUUUGACUAACCUCUUCCCCGGGCUAAUUCAACAAGGUUUGACUAACCUCUUCCCCGGGCUAAUUCAACAAGGUUUGACUAACCUCUUCCCCGGGCUAAUUCAACAAGGUUUGACUAACCUCUUCCCCGGGCUAAUUCAACAAGGUUUGACUAACCUCUUCCCCGGGCUAAUUCAACAAGGUUUGACUAACCUCUUACCCGGGCUAAUUCAACAAGGUUUGACUAACCUCUUCCCCGGGCUAAUUCAACAAGGUUUGACUAACCUCUUCCCCGGGCUAAUUCAACAAGGUUUGACUAACCUCUUCCCCGGGCUAAUUCAACAAGGUUUGACUAACCUCUUCCCCGGGCUAAUUCAACAAGGUUUGACUAACCUCUUACCCGGGCUAAUUCAACAAGGUUUGACUAACCUCUUCCCCGGGCUAAGUCAACAAGGUUUGACUAACCUCUUCCCCGGGCUAAUUCAACAAGGUUUGACUAACCUCUUCCCCGGGCUAAUUCAACAAGGUUUGACUAACCUCUUCCCCGGGCUAAUUCAACAAGGUUUGACUAACCUCUUCCCUGGGCUAAUUCAACAAGGUUUGACUAACCUCUUCCCUGGGCUAAUUCAACAAUGUUUGACUAACCUCUUCCCUGGGCUAAUUCAACAAGGUUUGACUAACCUCUUCCCCGGGCUAAUUCAACAAGGUUUGACUAACCUCUUCCCCGGGCUAAUUCAACAAGGUUUGACUAACCUCUUCCCUGGGCUAAUUCAACAAGGUUUGACUAACCUCUUCCCUGGGCUAAUUCAACAAGGUUUGACUAACCUCUUCCCCGGGCUAAUUCAACAAGGUUUGACUAACCUCUUCCCCGGGCUAAUUCAACAAGGUUUGACUAACCUCUUCCCCGGGCUAAUUCAACAAGGUUUGACUAACCUCUUCCCUGGGCUAAUUCAACAAGGUUUGACUAACCUCUUCCCUGGGCUAAUUCAACAAUGUUUGACUAACCUCUUCCCUGGGCUAAUUCAACAAGGUUUGACUAACCUCUUCCCCGGGCUAAUUCAACAAGGUUUGACUAACCUCUUCCCCGGGCUAAUUCAACAAGGUUUGACUAACCUCUUCCCUGGGCUAAUUCAACAAGGUUUGACUAACCUCUUCCCUGGGCUAAUUCAACAAGGUUUGACUAACCUCUUCCCCGGGCUAAUUCAACAAGGUUUGACUAACCUCUUCCCCGGGCUAAUUCAACAAGGUUUGACUAACCUCUUCCCUGGGCUAAUUCAACAAUGUUUGAUUAACCUCUUCCCUGGGCUAAUUCAACAAGGUUUGACUAACCUCUUCCCUGGGCUAAUUCAACAAGGUUUGACUAACCUCUUCCCCGGGCUAAUUCAACAAGGUUUGACUAACCUCUUCCCUGGGCUAAUUCAACAAGGUUUGACUAACCUCUUCCCUGGGCUAAUUCAACAAGGUUUGACUAACCUCUUCCCCGGGCUAAUUCAACAAGGUUUGACUAACCUCUUCCCCGGGCUAAUUCAACAAGGUUUGACUAACCUCUUCCCUGGGCUAAUUCAACAAGGUUUGACUAACCUCUUCCCCGGGCUAAUUCAACAAGGUUUGACUAACCUCUUCCCUGGGCUAAUUCAACAAGGUUUGACUAACCUCUUCCCCGGGCUAAUUCAACAAGGUUUGACUAACCUCUUCCCUGGGCUAAUUCAACAAGGUUUGACUAACCUCUUCCCUGGGCUAAUUCAACAAGGUUUGACUAACCUCUUCCCCGGGCUAAUUCAGCAAGGUUUGACUAACCUCUUCCCUGGGCUAAUUCAACAAGGUUUGACUAACCUCUUCCCCGGGCUAAUUCAACAAGGUUUGACUAACCUCUUCCCUGGGCUAAUUCAACAAGGUUUGACUAACCUCUUCCCCGGGCUAAUUCAACAAGGUUUGACUAACCUCUUCCCCGGGCUAAUUCAACAAUGUUUGACUAACCUCUUCCCUGGGCUAAUUCAACAAGGUUUGACUAACCUCUUCCCUGGGCUAAUUCAACAAGGUUUGACUAACCUCUUCCCCGGGCUAAUUCAACAAGGUUUGACUAACCUCUUCCCUGGGCUAAUUCAACAAGGUUUGACUAACCUCUUCCCCGGGCUAAUUCAACAAGGUUUGACUAACCUCUUCCCUGGGCUAAUUCAACAAGGUUUGACUAACGUCUUCCCUGGGCUAAUUCAACAAGGUUUGACUAACCUCUUCCCCGGGCUAAUUCAACAAGGUUUGACUAACCUCUUCCCUGGGCUAAUUCAACAAGGUUUGACUAACCUCUUCCCCGGGCUAAUUCAACAAGGUUUGACUAACCUCUUCCCCGGGCUAAUUCAACAAGGUUUGACUAGCCUCUUCCCUGGGCUAAUUCAACAAGGUUUGACUAACCUCUUCCCCGGGCUGAUUCAACAAGGUUUGACUAACCUCUUCCCCGGGCUAAUUCAACAAGGUUUGACUAACCUCUUCCCUGGGCUAAUUCAACAAGGUUUGACUAUCCUCUUCCCCGGGCUAAUUCAACAAGGUUUGACUAACCUCUUCCCCGGGCUAAUUCAACAAGGUUUGACUAACAUCUUCCCCGGGCUAAUUCAACAAGGUUUGACUAACCUCUUCCCCGGGCUAAUUCAACAGGUUUUGACUAACCUCUUCCCCGGGCUAAUUCAACAGGUUUUGACUAACCUCUUCCCUGGGCUAAUUCAACAGGUUUUGACUAACCUCUUCCCCGGGCUAAUUCAACAGAUAGAGAGCCAGCUGGUGGAUGACACUAGGUUUAUUAUAAAAUAACAGUAGUGAUUUAGCCUGUGUAUUAGAGACUGAUACUCAAACUAGUAGACAUUUAUUCUUUGGUCAUUUGUAAUCUUGACAAAUACCCCACUUGAAAUGAGGAGGGUAAAGAAAAAAAGCAGUGAGUCAGUAAAGGGAAAACCCAGAGUCCCUGUGAACCCCAAAGAAUAGAGAUUGCCUUGUUGUAUUGAAAGCCUGAAUGUAUGACAUCACAGAGAGGGCCGGGGUCAAAGUACAUUCCCUUUGUCUAAUUGUCUGCUUCCUGUCUCAGAGUGUAGGCUUUGGCUCUAACUCUAAAGUCAGGGGACAUUUAUCGCUCUCUGAAUCACACUACUAGCUUAAUCAUUAUUCCUAUGUAGCACGAUUAAAGAAGGGGAGUUUUGGAAUAUUCCAGGAAACAGAGAACACAAAUACCAAGAUUUGAAUACUUAAUGGUAACAGUUCAUCUUACACCAGCAAUGAGAAGCACAACAUAAUAAUGUGCUGCGUAUUCUGUAGCCAGUGGAAGGCAUGUUUCUCUUCUUUGUGGUUUAAUGACGCCAAGCAGGUGAGGAACUUUGCCCACGUUCCAUCCUGUCCGGCAUACAGCUGAUACCAUGGGCUUUUAUUCAGUCUUUACCAGGUUUAAUAUCACACCAACACACUGUGUCCUGGCCAAACAAAAAUAGAUUGGUUUGCAAUAGAACAUCAUACAGGUAUUCCCAGAACUCCAGAUGUACUCCCAUGAGUGGCCAAUCAAACACAGCAAGACUUCACUGACACACUGUCACACCUCAGUGACCAUAUUUCAGCAUGUCUGUGUCCACUCAUUCUCAGUCUGAGUGGUGCUGUUAUGUUGUCAUACUGUACCUCACAGGAUGUUGUAGUGAGUCCAUCUGUGUGUCAUCAGUCUAGGAACGCUGUGUGGUCUGUCCGUCCACACUGUGUAGUCUAGCAAGGUGGGGCUUUCCUCCAUGAUGUGUAAUGUAUAAUGGAGUGGGCUUGGCAUUUAUAUGGGUGUGAAAUCUAGUAGGUGCGUGUGUGUGUGUGUGCGUGCGUGCGUGUGCGUGUGUGCGUGUGCGUGUGUGCGUGCGUGCGUGUGUGUAAAAAUAUGUGUGGUAAUACGUGUGGCUGGUUUCUGUGGAAGGUGGGUUUGACAUCACAUUGUGUAAUCUAGUGGCCAUGUGUGUCCUGACUGGCUGACUCACAUGGUGAUAAUCCCCAUGUUUACCCAGCUCCUGAGCCACCAGCAGCAGACGACAGGACUGGCACUUAUUAUGGCCCUUUCCUUCUCAUGCAACAGAAAAAGACUGAAAACAUGCUCAUACAGAUGUAGGAUCUUAAUUUGAGCCAGUUUGCUACAGCAGGAAAAUAAUCCUGCAGCAACAGGAAAUUUGAAUUAUUAUGUGGAUUAUAUAAUGGACAUUUUCUAUAGGGUUUAUUGGGUUUCAAAUCAUAGGGUAAAUCAAGUCUGACAUUUAAAAGUAGAAAUAACAAACUUUAGAAGCCUUUUUAAACCUCCAACACACUACACGUUUGCAUUUCAGGCUGUGCAGGAAAAUUCUCAGCAACAAAAGAGUGAUCAAAUCUGCACUUUGCCUCCUCAGGGUUAAGGUGCUUAUUAUACUUUCCACCCUAAGAUGAACUGUUAAUGGUGACUUUGGUACAUUAUGUGUUUACCUUCCACACCUGUAGAAAAGGAAAAACUCUGCUUACAGAUCAUGUUACUGUAAUUGUCUUGUUGUCAAUGUAUGGUACUGUACCCAAAUAUUUCCUAACAAUAGUAUUAGCUACCAUUAAUGGUGUAAUUUAGAUCUACACCCCAUUGUAAAGUUGAAGUCGGAAGUUUACAUACACUUAGGUUGGAGUCAUUAAAACUAGUUUUUCAACCACUCCACAAAUUUCUUGUUAACAAACUAAAGUUUUGGCAAGUCGGUGAGGACAUCUACUAUGUUCAUGACACAAAUAAUUUGUCCAACAAUUGUUUACAGACAGAUUAUUUCACUUAUAAUUCACUGUAUCACAAUUCCAGUGGGUAAGAAGUUUACGUACACAAAGUUGACUGUGGGUUUAAACAGCUUGGAAAAUUCCAGAAAAUGAUGUCAUGGCUUUAGAAGCUUCUGAUAGGGUAAUUGACAUCAUUUGAGUCAAUUGGAGGUGUACCUGUGGAUGUAUUUCAAGGCCUACCUUCAAACUCAGUGCCUCUUUGCUUGACAUCAUGGGAAAAUCAAAAGAAAUCAGCCAAGACCUCAGAAAAAAAAUUGUAGACCUCCACAAGUCUGGUUCAUCCUUGGGAGAAAUUUCCAAACGCCUGAAGGUACCACGUUCAUCUGUACAAACAAUAUUACGCAAGUAUAAACACAAUGGGACCACACAGCCGUCAUACCGCUCAGGAAGGAGACGCGUUCUGUCUCCUAGAGAUGAACGUACCUUGGUGCGAAAAGUGCAAAUCAAUCCCAGAACAACAGCAAAGGACCUUGUGAAGAUGCUGGAGGAAACGGGUACAAAAGUAUCUAUCUCCACAGUAAAACGAGUCCUAUAUUGACAUUACCUGAAAGGCCGCUCAGCAAGGAAGAAGCCACUGCUCCGAAACCGCCAUAAAAAAGCCAGACUAUGGUUUGCAACUGCACAUGGGGACAAAGAUCGUACUUUUUGGAGAAAUGUCCUCUGGUCUGAUGAAACUAAAAUUGAACUGUUUGGCCAUAAUGACAAUCGUUAUGUUUGGAGGAAAAGGGGGGUUGCUUGCAAGCCGAAGAACACCAUCCCAACCGUGAAGCACGGGGGUGGCAGCAUCAUGCUGUGGGGGUGCUUUGCUGCAGGAGGGACUGGUGCACUUCACAAAAUAGAUGGCAUCAUGAGGAAGGAAAAUUAUGUGGAUAUAUUGAAGCAACAUCUCAAGACAUCAGUCAGGAAGUUAAAGCUUGGUCGCAAAUGGGUCUUCCAAAUGGACAAUGACCCCAAGCAUACUUCCAAAGUUGUUGCAAAAUGGCUUAAGGACAACAAUGCCAAGGUAUUGGAGUGGCCAUCACAAAGCCCUGACCUCAAUCCUAUACAAAAUGUGUGGGCAGAACUGAAAAAGCGUGUGUGAGCAAGGAGGCCUACAAACCUGACUCAGUUACACCAGCUCUGUCAGGAGGAAUGGGCCAAAAUUCACCCAACUUAUUGUGGGAAGCUUGUGGAAGGCUACCCGAAACGUUUGAUCCAAGUUAAACAACUUAAAGUCAAUGCUACCAAAUACUAAUUGAGGGAAUGUAAACUUCUGACCCACUGGAAAUGUGAUGAAAGAAAUAAAAGCUGAAAUAAAUCAUUCAUUUCACAUUCUUAAAAUAAAGUGGUGAUCCUAACUGACCUAAGACAGGGAAUUUUUACUAGGAUUAAAUGUCAGGAAUUGUGAAAAACUGAGUUUAAAUGUAUUUGGCUAAGGUGUAUGUAAACUUCCGACUUCAACUGUAAGUAAUUAUUAUGUAAUUUGUGUGUGUGUGUGUGUGUGUGUGUGUGUUUCCCCCCAGGUUGCUGGUUGGUUCUCCCUGGAGUGGAUACAACCAGGACAGGAAAGGAGAUGUCUACAAGUGUGAGAUCAGAGGGGCCAGUUCAGGAUGUCAGAGACUCAACCUGCAGAGUAUGACAGUUACAGCUAUUCAUUAGCCUGGUCUCAGAUCUAUUUGUGCUCUUGCCAACUCCAUUUUUGUCUUUGUCAAACCAAACAUGGAAUUUGCUUUAAAUUCCAUAAGGAGUUGGCAAGAGAGCAGUAACAGACUAGCACCCAGGCUAACUAUUCAUACUCUCCCCUUUUGUAUUUUCUAUAAACUACUGUCAUUCUUUUAGCAAUCCUUAUGUGAGUCCUAUAGUGUUAGCUUGUGUUUUACCACAUAAUUUCCUUGAAAUCUUUUCGAAUCCUGUCAAAUCUGUCUGUAAGUCAGAAUGAUGGCCACAGUGGUUAGGAUGGGAUUUUGUUCAGAGUUGCAAGUUCUCAUUGAACUCAUUGUGCUCAUUGUGUGUUUUAAUGAAUGUUGGUAAACCUCUGUAAUUACACCAUGAUAAUGUAUUCAAUAACACUUUACAUUAAAGUGUUUUUCUUAUUACAGCGUAAUUAUUCCUGUAAUGUAAGUACAGUGUACUAACUGUUCUUCCUCUCCUGUUUCAGAAUCAGUCAGCAUAUCAACAGUGAGGAACGUCAAUGUCAACAUGAGCCUGGGGCUGACCCUAACCCGUACAGCUACAGAAGAUACAUUUAUGGUAAGCAGAUUUCACAUCACUACUUCUGAGUCUGUAUAGCAGUAGAAUUACCCUAACCCUAGCUACCCUAACCCUAGAUACUCUAACCCUAGAUACCCUAACCCUAGAUACCCUAACUCUAGAUACCCUAACCCUAGCUACCCUAACCCUAGCUACCCUAACCCUAGCUACCCUAACCCUAGCUACCCUAACCCUAGAUACUCUAACCCUAGUUACCCUAACCCUAGAUACCCUAACCCUAGCUACCCUAACUCUAGCUACCCUAACCCUAGCUACCCUAACCCUAGCUACCCUAGAUACCCUAACCCUAGAUACCCUAACCCUAGCUACCCUAGAUACUCUAACCCUAGAUACCCUAACCCUAGAUACUCUAACCCUAGCUACCCUAACCCUAGCUACCCUAACCCUAGUUACCCUAACCCUAGCUACCCUAACCCUAGCUACCCUAGAUACUCUAACCCUAGAUACCCUAACCCUAGCUACCCUAACCCUAGAUACUCUAACCUACCCUAACCCUAGAUACUCUAACCCUAGCUACCCUAACCCUAGAUACCCUAACCCUAGCUACCCUAACCCUAGCUACCCUAACCCUAGCUACCCUAGAUACUCUAACCUACCCUAACCCUAGAUACUCUAACCCUAGCUACCCUAACCCUAGAUACCCUAACCCUAGCUACCCUAACCCUAGCUACCCUAACCCUAGCUACCCUAGAUACUCUAACCUACCCUAACCCUAGAUAUUCUAACCCUAGCUACCCUAACCCUAGAUACCCUAACCCUAGAUACCCUAACCCUAGCUACCCUAACCCUAGAUACCCUAGCUACCCUAACCCUAGAUACCCUAACCCUAGCUACCCUAGAUACUCUAACCUACCCUAACCCUAGAUACUCUAACCCUAGUUACCCUAACCCUAGAUACCCUAACCCUAGCUACCCUAACCCUAGCUACCCUAACCCUAGCUACCCUAGAUACUCUAACCUACCCUAACCCUAGAUAUUCUAACCCUAGCUACCCUAACCCUAGAUACCCUAACCCUAGAUACCCUAACCCUAGCUACCCUAACCCUAGAUACCCUAGCUACCCUAACCCUAGAUACCCUAGCCCUAGCUACCCUAGAUACCCUAGAUACCCUAACCCUAGCUACCCUAACCCUAGAUACCCUAACCCUAGAUACCCUAACCCUAGCUACCCUAACCCUAGAUACCCUAGCUACCCUAACCCUAGAUACCCUAGCCCUAGCUACCCUAGAUACCCUCUCCCUAGAUACCCUAACCCUAGCUACCCUAGAUACCCUAACCCUAGAUACCCUAACCCUAGAUACCCUAACCCUAGCUACCCUAGAUACCCUAACCCUAGCUACCCUAGAUACCCUAACCCUAGAUACCCUAACCCUAGCUACCCUAGAUACCCUAACCCUAGCUACCCUAGAUACCCUAGCUACCCUAACCCUAGCUACCCUAGAUACCCUAACCCUAGCUACCCUAACCCUAGAUACCCUAGAUACCCUAACCCUAGAUACCCUAACUACCCUAACCCUAGAUACCCUAGCACGCACUGUCACGGGAGAUUGAUUCAUAGUAAGCAGCUUUUACCUAUAUCUGAUUGUACAGCUGGAAAGCUCCAAGAAGAUCCGUUUGGAAUUGGCUGAUAGCCUAAAGGUUGAUUUGGAUGUUUUACCUUGUAUGUCAUGCAUCGUCUCGUCUUCUCCUGGUAGACAUGUGGACCUCUGUGGGCUCAGAAAUGUGGCAGUCAGUAUUACUACCCAGGGAUCUGUGCAGAAGUCAGCCCUCUCUUCAGCCCCCUGUCUUCAUUCUCACCUGCCCUUCAGAGUAAGAGUCCACAAUCAUUUUGACAUACGUAUUCUUAGAAUACGAGUUCUCUAUUGUUUUCACCUUUGAUUAAAAGUAUAAAUUAAGUCCUACUGUAUAUCAUAUUUAACGCCCCUUUGUAAUUGGAGUUAUACAUGGUUACCAUACAGCACUGACAUUAACCCAAUUCUUCUCUUGUCUGUCCAGCUUGUGGGGGUCCCAUGGAUAUUGCUAUUGUCUUGGAUGGCUCUAACAGUAUAUAUCCCUGGCCACCAGUUGUGGCUUUCCUCAAGAAACUGUUGGAGAACUUGGAUAUUGGACCUGACAAUACUCAGGUAAGUGGGAUCACAGUUAUCAGUGUACUGUAUAUUAAUUGCCACCUGGGCUCAGGAAGAAUGAAAUGCCACGACUGCCAUUUAUAGGAAUUGUCAAAGGCUGGAUGCAAUCGACAAUGCAGCUUUUAAAGGCAAUGUUCUCAUUCACGGUAAACGCUGCAUAUUUCUUCUCAGUUGGAAAUUGCCUUUAAAAGCUGCAUUGUCGACAACCCACGGUCAGAUUGAAUCCUGGCCCAAGUAAAUUAUCUGUCCCUAUCAGUUUUUUGUUGACUUUAUGUUUUUGCUUUCAGGUAAGUAUUAUACAGUACGCAGUUGAUCCGUCUUUUGAAUUCCAUCUGAACUCCUACAAAACCAAAGACUCAAUCAUUGCGGCCGCAGCGAACAUACUCCAGAAGUCAGGCUUGGAGACUAACACCUUCCGGGCCAUUGAAUUUUCCAGGUGCGUCUCAGUCUGCAACACUUUCCAUGCCUGCAAUGCCAACAUUCUCAGGCCUUUCCUCUUGUUUUCUGUUAGUCAAUGGAACCUUAAGUGACCGUGACCUGAUGUAUUCUAAAUAAAGAUAUCCUGACUCUGUUGACUCAACAUAUUUAUAAAAAAGACUUGAACAAAAGGAUUAGAAUCUCUAUUUGCAAACUGAAAUCCCCCCAAAGAGGGGGUUAGAAUGGAACACUUGAAUAGAAUAGAAUGGAAUACAACACAUAGAAGAAUGGAAUCCAAUGGAAUCCAACACAAUAAAAUGUGUUCAGAACAAGUGUUUUAGAAACUAUUUCUUUACAUGCUUUUUGCUAUUGACUUGGGUUUGAGAUGGAUGCUACUAUUUGACACCUGUUGAGUGUGUAUCUCAGACAGCAGGCGUUCUUGCCUAGGAACGGUGGCCGACCUGGAGCCAGUAAGGUGAUGGUGGUGGUGACGGAUGGAGAGUCUCACGACAAGGACCUCAAAGACAACGUCAUCGGGAAGUGUGAGCAGGACAAGAUCACCCGGUUUGGUAUUGCUGUAAGUUAAUAUCACACUCAAUUAGUUGAACCUUUAUUGAUCUAGGUUUGUCUCGUUGACAUAAAAUCUCUUUAUCAAAAGGCACAUACGUAUAUACAGUGUUGAGUGUGAGGUAUUAACAUUUACUGUUUAAUACCUUUAUAACAUGAUAUUAUUAUGUUUUAUUAAUCGUCCCUUUCAUUCUAAUAUGAAUAGUUUUAAAAUGUAUUCUUUAUUAUGUUUCUAGGUCCUUGGGUAUUACAUAAGGAAUGACAUCGACACUAAAAACCUGAUUGCUGAGAUCAAGUCCAUCGCCAGUACCCCGGCAGACAGGUACUUCUUUAAUGUGUCAGCUGAGGAAGCUCUGCUUGAGAUCGCUGGAACUCUGGGAGACAGAAUCUUCAAUAUAGAGGGUACACUACUGUUUUUUAAAGUAAUUUAUUCUUAAUUUUUGAUAGAGGUCAAAUUUGUAUCCAUAAUGAAAAAAUAUCGACCUAUAUACAUUCCAACAGUAUGAAUGGACCUUGAAGACAUGUUACCUUUUAAGAAGGUAGCAGUCUUACUCUGUGUUGUCUUGGGAGACAGGUACUGGGAAAGGGGGUGAUUUUCAGAUGGAGAUGUCCCAAGUGGGGUUCAGUGCCCACCAAACCAAGAAGCAGGUAUGUUCAGGCUAAGGAUACUAUCACACAAGCCUCCACAUUUAUUUCCAACCUGUAAGCCUCUAUUCAGCAUGUUUAAACAGGUAAUUCUCUCCCACUUGUUCUAGAACAUGAUGAUGCUGGGUGCAGUGGGGGCCUAUGGCUGGAGUGGUACUGUGGUUCACUACACUGCUCAGAAAUCAGACAUCUUCCCCAAGACGACCUUUGAGAAAGUCCUAGAGGACAGAAACCACAGUUCACUAUUAGGUGAGUUCGUUCUAAAUGUCAAUAUUUGCUCCUUUACCUGCUAUUUUAUUAUUUGUUUAUCAUACAGCACCGUGCCAUUCUUUUGUCUCUUGCUUUUCCAACAAUUUCUAACUCAAUUUGAAUGUUUAUUGGAGUUCAAACUAAAUAUAUCUUGAUUUACAGUGUGACUGGCAGUAAGACUACUAGCACUGGAUAUUGUUACAAAUUAGUACAUAAUGUUCUGUUUGGCUGUUCGGUUCAGGCUACUCCGUGACAACGCUGAAUGAUGGCAGCACGGAGUACUAUGUGGCUGGCGCUCCUCGGUCCAACCACACUGGACAGGUCAUAGUGUACACCAUCAACAGCAAGGGACAACCCACCGUCAUAGACUCCCAGAGAGGAGAUCAGGUACGAGGGUUGGACUGCCUGACAGAGAAGAGCAUGUACCUUUUUUUUGUGGUGGUAGAUGUCAUGGCUUUCUAUGAUCCACGUUCUCUUUAUUAUCUCUGUGUGAUCUAUCAUCUCUGACUUGUUAAUGUUGUUAUCCUUUGUUUCUGCUCACUGGCUCUAAAGACACUGUGUGUUCUAUGUGCUUUCUAUUCUGUAGAUAGGCUCCUACUAUGGCAGUGUACUCUGUCCUUUGGACGUGGAUAAAGAUGGUGUGUCUGAUCUACUGCUGGUCGGCGCUCCCAUGUUCAUGAAUGAACAGAAGAAGGAGACUGGGAAGGUCUAUCUCCUCUCUUUCACCAAGGUAAGCCACACAUACUGCACUCUACUGUACUGUACUGUACUCUACUGUACUCUACUGUACUGUACUGUACUGUACUCUACUGUACUCUACUGUACUUCAUUGUACUCUACUGUACUGUACUGCACUCUACUCUACUGUACUUCAUUGUGCUCUACUGUACUGUACUGUACUCUACUGUACUCUACUGUACUCUACUCUACUGUACUUCAUUGUACUCUGCUGUACUGUACUGUAUUGCACUCUACUGAACUGUACUCUACUGUACUGUACUCUACUGUACUCUACUGUACUGUAACCUACUGUAGUCCACUGUACUGUAUUGUACUCUACUGUACUGUACUGUACUCUACUGUACUGUACUGUACUCUACUGUACUGUACUGUACUCUACGGUACUGUAACCUACAGCCCAAAGCCUUUCAUCUCUUUUUUGAGGGCAGACCCACUACAGUACAUUUCGUCUAAUGGUUUCAUUUUGGUCUACACACUGCAUGUUCUGAGCACAGUGGUUCAGGACAUUUUGAAAGACAGAUCUUCCUAAGCACACUUACAGUAUAUUCAAUAUGAAUUAUUUUCCAUCUGUGUUUCUAGGGCGUCCUAAGUGACCAGGGGUUCCUGAAGGGUCCAUCCCCAGUGGACAACGCUCGUUUUGGGAUGUCUAUCUCAGCGGUGCCUGACCUCAACAUGGAUGGUUACAGUGAUGUGGUGGUAGGAGCCCCACUGGAAGACAACAACAGGGGGGUCAUUUAUGUCUUCAACGGGGACAAGAAGAGGCUGAGGACACAGUGCUCUCAGGUAGCUACAGGACUCAACACUGUCCUCUGAAUACAGACCUGCCGAUGAUGCAGAUGGUGCUCAGUGCUAACACUCAAUGCAACCUUAGCCUAACCAUAAGCACUUGCUAGCAUGUCUCAAUAUAGAAUGCAAAUAUUGGAGGUUUUGUAAUUCUGAGAAUAUGAGCGUUUCUCAGGCUGUUGGAAUUCAGCCAACGUGAGCAUUUGAUGUGAGAUCAAGUUGUGAGAUCGUGUUUUAUCCUGUUCAUUUCAGAAAAUCCUAGGCUCCAAGCUGGACCCUGCGUUGAAGUAUUUUGGGCGGUCCCUAGACGCCAGUUCCGACCUAAACGAUGACACCAUCCCAGAUGUAUCAGUGGGGGCUUACGGGAAGGUGGUCCAGCUCUGGUGAGAUUCGCUAGUUUCUUCUCUUUUCUUUGUUUUAACCCAGUUCCACCCCUCCUCUUCAGAGGUAAACUAUAUCAUUUUGUUUCCCACAAUUCCCACAUGUCCCACUCGAGUUAAGUGUUUACUUGAUAUCAACAAACUGGCAGCUGUUCUUGGCAGCUGGCCAACUUAUUUGGGGUUACAGUAACUCUAAACCAAACCAAUGGAAUUACAGCAGGUUGUGAGAGAAACAUACAAUGCUUGUCUCCUCAAGUUUUUGUUGACUGAGUGAGAUGUGCUGUCUCAUGGACAGCUUGGUCUUAACUGUGUAAAAUAAUUGAGUGUUGUUACCUCGUCCCACUCCAUAUGGAGAGCAGAGCAGAACAGAACAGCUAGCUGGAUUAUUAUGCUGUCCAUUCCCCACUUCUACAUAGCUGCUGAUGUCCAUUAUAUCAUUAUUUAAAGAUUGAAUCAAUCAGUCAGUCAACCAAUUAACCAGUCAAUUAAUCAAUAAAUGAAUUAAUGAGUCAACCAAUCAAAAGUUGACUCAUACAGUAGUUAAGUGAUGCCCUGUGAAGAUGUAGUCAUUCGUGCAUACAAGAGCUAGCUAGAUUGAGAUUUGAUUAUUCCAUUUACAUUUUAGUCAUUUAGCAGACGCUCUUAUCCAGAGCAACUUACAGUUAGUGAGUGCAUACAUUUUUCAUACUGGCCCCCCGUGGGAAUCGAACCCACAACCCUGGCGUUGCAAGCGCCAUGCUCUACCAACUGAGCUACAGGAGGCCCUAUGACUCAAUGAUUAUGAUUAUGAUGAGAAUACUCAGUAGACUGUUCCUCUCCCAGGUCUCGAGGUCUGGCCGUGGUGACAGCGAGGGCGACCUUUAACCCUGACAAGGUCAGCAUCCUGAGUAAGACGUGCAGGGUCAGUGGGAGGCUGGUGUCCUGCUUCAACACUUCUGUCUGUUUCAGCGCCACCUUCAUGCCCAAGAUACCUGUAGGACCUGUGGGUAAGCCCUGCUUUCCUGUGUCAAUCUGUCUCUCUCUCUUUCUCCUUCUCUUCCUCUCUCCCCCCUUCCUCUCUCUCUCUCUCUCCCCCUUCCUCUCUCUCUCUCUCUCUCUCUCUUCCUCUCUCUCUCCCCCUUCCUCUCUCUCUCUCUCUCCCUUCCCCUCUCCACACGGUCACUGUCAUAUCAGUGGUCACGUUCAGUAUUACAGGGGCUUCUCACAUCAUAGUAGUGGUCUUGGCGCCCUCUAAUUGUGUCUUGUUGCCUCUGUUACGUCUCACCUCAGCUCUCAGGUACAACCUGACCCUGGAUGCUGAUCUCCAGUCGUCUCGCGUCACCUCCAGAGGUCAGUUCAGUAACUCAGAGAGAGUCCUGCAGAAAGAGAUCAGGGUUUCCACCAGGGAGGUCUGUGACACUCUAGAGGUCUUUGUUCAGGUAAAGAUAGAAAAUAUGAAAUGGUUUUAUGAUGAUUUGCUGAAUGAAGUGUUUCUGGUUUUCCUCUUUUAUCAGGCCUUGUUGAAUUACUGUGUUCAUUUUGAAUGGAGGAAUGAUCCUGUCAACAAACACUUAAAGGGGCAAUCCGCAGUUGAAACAAUAACAAAGCAUAACGACUCUCGAAUUCAUAGACAGAGCUAUGGAUGCAAGGACUGACCAUCCAUGAUAUCAAAAUUAUAGUUUUAACCAUGUUUUGAGGCUAUACAGUUUUUGUUUACAUUUACGUUGUUUACAAACAUUGGAGUUAUAAAAACAAAUCAAGAGAGUUGCACACUCUACUUCUUCAGGGUGGAGGCACAGUGAUGCCAAAACUUUGGUUGUUUCUUACCCAAUCAAUUACUGGGAGUUUAAACAUAGCGACUCUCUUUAUUUGUUUUUAUAACUUCCAGUUUAUUCUCCGUUAGUCAGCACCUCUACACUAAAUAAUGUUCUCUGGGUGUACGCCAGCUCAUGCUUUUUAUUAGACUACAAACAUUGGAGUAAAACAAACUUAUAUUUAUGGUUCUGAUGGGGUACGACAGUUGAACUAAGCUCAUGAGGCAUUUAUAAGCUAUAUUCUUCAAAAAUCAAUGGGUACAUAUCAUUAAUAUAUAAAUCCCUUUAAAAAUAAAUAAAUUGUUGUUUGAGGAACAUUGCCAAGACUAAUAUUUACAUGUAUGUAUGAAGAUGUAUGCACGCAUGACUGUAAGUCGCUUUGGAUAAAAGCGUCUGCUAAAUGGCAUAUUAUUUUUAUUAUUAUUAUAAGAUGAAAAAGGAUAUAGAAUACACUACAUUGCUGUAUUGUCAUUUGGUUUACCUUAUACAAUUCCAAUCAUUUUACUAAGUUCUGAUCCUGCAGAGAAUGAGCUAUGUACAGUAUGUAGCUACAAUCUAGUGCGAUGUUUGUUGUGUUGUACAUGUUCCCUGUCAAAUGAAACAAAUCAAAUAAAUCCUAUCUUAUUGUCUGACAGGAGGCCCCUGACUUUGUGAGCUCCAUCGGUCUGCGUGUGGACAUCACUCUGCAGGACCCAGACUCCAGUCCUGUUCUAGAUGUCCUCCGUCCUACUGCAUGGGAGUUCUUUGUGAGUUUCAGUUAUAUAUGAUAGAGUAUAUAUUAAAUGUUACUGUAUAUUGAUGUUGCAGUUAUUUAAGUGUCUAUUGAUGUUAUUAUCUGUGCUUUAUGUGUUAGUGCGUCUCCUUUUUGAUGAUAUUAGGAAUGAAAAUCUUGUAAUUUAACACUAUAAUUUUAUAUCAUAGGGUCAUGAGGAAAGUUGAACUGGGAUGUGGACAUGAAGCUAGGGUUGAGGCUAGAGUUUGGGCUAGGGCUAGGGUUAGGGUUGAACUGGGAUGUGGACCUGAAGCUAGGGUUAGGGUUGUGGUUGAGGCUAGGGUUAGGGUUGAACUGGGAUGUGGACAUGAAGCUAGGGUUAGGGUUAGGUUUGUGGUUGAGGAUAGGGUUACGGUUGAACCGAGAUGUGGACAUGAAGCUAGGGUUGAGGCUAGAGUUUGGGCUAGGGCUAGGGUUAGGGUUGUGGUUGAGAAUAGGGUUACGGUUGAACCGAGAUGUGGACAUUAAGCUAGGGUUAGGGUUGUGGUUGAGGGUUAGGGUUGAACUGGGAUGUGGACAUGAAGCUAGGGUUAGGGUUGUGGUUGUGGUUGAGGCUAGGGUUAGGGUUGAACCGGGAUAUGUACAUGAAGUUAGUGUUAGGGUUAUGGUUGAGGCUAGGGUUUAGGGUUGAACCAGGAUGUGGACCUGAAGCUAGGGUUAGGGUUGUGGUUGAGGGUUAGGGUUAGGGUUGUACCGGGACAUGGACCUGAAGCUAGGGUUAGGGUUGUGGUUGAGGAUAGGGUUAGAGUUUAACCGGGACGUGGAACCGGGAUAGGGCACCUCCACAUCUGAAUUCUCAAUUCAACCCCUAAACAAUGUCAUGUGAACUCUUAAAACAGAUCCCAUUCUCCAAAGACUGUGGCUCUGACGAGCUGUGUGAGAGUGACCUGCUCUUGAACGUCAAGAAAGGAGAGAUGAUUCCCAGGUGAGAUCUGACACACUCUCAACCUAGCAUAGGAAAUCCAUAUUGAACACGGCGCUCAAUGGUGCAGGCUACCCUCAACCUAAAUCAAGUAAAUUAAAAUGGCCUUUAUUGGCAUGGGGGAAACAUAUGUUUGCAUUGCCAAAGCAUGUGAAACACAACAAACAAAAUUGAAAUAAACAAUCAGAAAUUAACACUUUCCCUAUAAUAUCUCAUGAUAACACACACUGUAUACAUAUUUUCUGUGGUAUUUUUGACUUUAUGUUUUGUUUUACCCCAUAUGUAACACUGUGUUGCUGUUUUUAUCGCACUGCUUUGCUUUAUCUUGGCCAGGUCGCAGUUGUAAAUGAGAACUUGUUCUCAACUGGCUUACCUGGUUAAAUAAAGGUAAAAUAAAUAAAUAAAUAAAGUAUUCCCAAAUGUUUUUCUGUGGGACCAGACAAAUAAGUCCUUUUCUGUUCUGCUGGUCUGGUUUAGUUGGGAAUACACUUCCUCUAUCAAGCCUUGCUGGUUAAAGAAAAUACAUUCAGCUUGUUACAUAAGUUGAUAAACAGAGUCCAUGAUUCAAACACACCACAAUGUAGCAACAUUGCGCUGAACUUUUAAAAUCAAUUUCCCUGUCAUGAUAGCAUUUACAGUAAACACUACGGAUGUCAGCUCAAACAUAAUUACCUUUAACAGUUAAGUGCAGUGCGAUUUGUUGAAAUCAUUAUUAUACACACAGUACAGACAGACAGACAGUACAGUACAGACAGCACCUCGUAGAGUGAGUGGCAAGGUUGUAAACCUCGGCCAGUCAGAGGGGUAGCAUGACAUAUUUUAUUUUCACUGCUCCAGUUAAUUGUGCCACCAUAUGUGACCUGACCCAUGAGAUGUGUUACAGUUAAAGGAUUCCCCAUCAUAAUGUAGUAUCUUCAUUCUACAGCACUGGAACAGUCCCACCCCAUCAUAAGUAUCUUCAUUCUACAGCACUGAACAGUCCCACCCCAUCAUAUGUAGUAUCUUCAUUCUACAGCACUAGAACAGUCCCACCCAUCAUAAUGUGAGUAUCUUAUUCUACAGCACUAGAACAGUCCCACCAUCAAAUGUAGUAUCUCAUUCUACAGCACUGGAACAGUCCACCCCAUCAAAUGUAGUAUCUCAUUCUACAGCACUAGAACAGUCCCACCCCAUCAUAAUGUUAGUAUCUUCAUUCUACGCACUGAACAGUCCCACCCAUCAUAAUGUAGUAUCUCAUUCUACAGCACUAGAACAGUCCACCCCAUCAUAAUGUAGUAUCUUCAUUCUACAGCACUGGAACAGUCCCACCCCAUCAUAAUGUAGUAUCUUCAUUCUACAGCACUGGAACAGUCCCACCCCAUCAUAAUGUAGUAUCUUCAUUCUACAGCACUGGAACAGUCCCACUCACAUACUGCAGGUAUAUUUUAACAUUCAUUCUUACAACCUCUGUAUUGUUUUGAGUAAAAUGAGUGUUGUGUUUUGCAGCUCGUCUAAGAUGUUGGUCAGCUUUAAGAACAAGAGGCUGUCCUUCACUGUGUCUGUGACCAACAAGAAGGAGAAUGCGUACAACACCCGAGUCAUGGCCACAUACUCAAAAAACCUCUUCUACGCCUCCAUCACUCCUCCAGUAUGCAUCAGCCACUUUGCUUUUUAGGAGGACACCCACUAUAGGAUGACUAUUUGGAUAUUUAUCAGUAAACAUUCCCUAACAUUGUGUGAUUCAUUUCAGAGUGAUGGAACAGAGGUGAAGUGCAGCUCCACCAAAGAGUUCCGUAGCCUCUCAUGCCAGGUGGGGUACCCAGCUUUAAGGCAGAACCAAGAGGUAAGGGCUGACGACAAACAUAACAAUUACGGGCGUGUGUGUAGGUCUCUCUCUCUGUCAGCCAGGGUUGUCGUUUUCUAAACAAUACACAUCUGUUCCCUGCAGGUGACAUUCGUAAUCAACUUUGACUUCAACCUGAAUCAACUGCAGACCGAAGCCGAUGUGAGCUUUGAAGCUCUAAGGUAGGAUCACACAGAAUUUGCUUGUUUGUUGAUCAUAUAGUAAUCUCUCUUAGGCCUAUGGAUCUUCUGUUACAUGAUUGAUUGAUUGAUUGAUUGAUUGAUUACAUGUGCUUAUUACAGUGACAGCAAAGAGGUGAACCCCUCAGACAACCAAGCCUCUAUCUCCAUCCCUGUCCACUAUGAUUCAGAGAUCGCUCUCUCCAGGGAAGCAAAUCUAAAUUUCUACGUGGUUGACAUGGAUAAUGAGGUGAAGACCACAGUGAAUACUUUCAAUGACAUCGGCCCUGAGUUAAAAUUCUCUCUGAAGGUGAGAAAUCAUGCACACACAGGUACACAGUCAUUCUGUGUCAGUCAGUCUGUGGUAAAAUAGUUCCCCUUGUGGUAGAAAUGGUAAGACAAGUGUGAUGCAUCAAUUAUAUGUGUUUUCUCUUCUGUUCAGGUUUCUACAGGGAAUUUCCCAGUGAAUAUUGCCUACCUCACAGUCUCACUGCCCAGCGCUACAGCAGGAGGGAACCCAUUACUGUAUGUGACAGGAGUCAACACUGCACCUGUGAGUAAAAAUAACCAGUCAACCUGUCUCUAAAUAACUAGCCACGGCCCAGGUUUGCUGGUUCAAAUCCCAGGUUUGAUGGAGAGAAUCUGGCAAGAAGGACCUUUCUGAUGGACUUAGUUCUAUUUGAAACAGAUUGACUGUUGUCCUCUUGCUGUUCCGCAGGCUGGAGAUGUUAGCUGUGAAGUAACCAGCCUCGUCAAUCCUCUGAAGAUCAGUGAGAAGCCUUACACACCAUCCUUCUCCAAGGAGAACCUCAUGGGCACAGAGGAGCUGGUGUGUGUGUGUGUGUGUGUGUGUGUGUGUGUGUGUGUGUGUGUGUGUGUGUGUGUGUGUGUGUGUGUGUGUGUGUGUGUGUGUGUGUGUGUGUGUGUGUGUGUGUGCAUUUUUUGUAUUUCAGAGAGACAACUUUUACAUCUAAUGAUCUCCUCUGAAUGCAUAUCUGACAAAGAUAGAUUCACAGUUUUACAUCUAAUGAUCUCUGAAUGCAUAUCUGGGUCAUUCCUACGAUAUGGUGCCUUUUGUAACUCAUAACCUUUGACAAAAACAGUAUACGUAUAUAAAAAAAAAAGCAUACUAAUCAGAAAAAAUACAUAUUGAAAAACAUAUUGGUCAAGCUCAGGCACUUAUUUAUUUUUUCAGGUGCUUUUUCCAACCUGUUAGGUGCGUAAUCCUAACAGUGUGAACAUUUGGAGCCCAAAUUCAUAUCAAAUCAAAAUCAAAUGUUAUUGGUCACAUACACAUAUUUAGCAGAUGUUAUUGCGGGUUUAGCUAAAUGCUUCUGUUCCUAGCUCCAACAGUGCAGUAGUAUCUAACAAUUCACAACAAUACACACAAAUCUAAAAGUAAAAGAAUGGAAUUAAGAAAUAUAAAAAUAAUAGGAUGAGCAAUGUUGGAGUGGCAUAGACUAAAAUACAGUAGAAUACAGUAAAUGCAUAUGAAAUGAGUAAAUCAAAUCAAAUCAAAUCAAAUCAAAUUUUAUUGGUCACAUGCGCCGAAUACAACAGGUGCAGACAUUACAGUGAAAUGCUUACUUACAGCCCUUAACCAACAGUGCAUUUAUUUUAAACAAAAAAGUAAGAAUAAAACAACAACAAAAAAGUGUUGAGAAAAAAAGAGCAGAAGUAAAAAAUAAAGUGACAGUAGGGAGGCUAUAUAUACAAUAGAAUAAAGUGACAGUAGGGAGGCUAUAUAUACAGGGGGGUACCGUUGCAUAGUCAAUGUGCGGGGGCACCGGCUAGUUGAGGUAAUAUGUACAUGUGGGUAGAGUUAAAGUGACUAUGCAUAAAUACUUAACAGAGUAGCAGCAGCGUAAAAGGGAUGGGGUGGGGGGGCAGUGCAAAUAGUCCGGGUAGCCAUGAUUAGCUGUUCAGGAGUCUUAUGGCUUGGGGGUAGAAGCUGUUGAGAAGUCUUUUGGACCUAGACUUGGCACUCCGGUACCGCUUGCCGUGCGGUAGCAGAGAGAACAGUCUAUGACUAGGGUGACUGGAGUCUUUGACAAUUUUGAGGGCCUUCCUCUGACACCGCCUGGUAUAGAGGUCCUGGAUGGCAGGGAGCUUUGCCCCAGUGAUGUACUGGGCCGUACGCACUACCCUCUGUAGUGCCUUGCGGUCAGAGGCCAAGCAGUUGCCAUACCAGGCGGUGAUGCAACCAGUCAGGAUGCUCUCGAUGGUGCAGCUGUAGAAUUUUUUGAGGAUCUGAGGACCCAUGCCAAAUCUUUUUAGUCUCCUGAGGGGGAAUAGGCUUUGUCGUGCCCUCUUCACGACUGUCUUGGUGUGUUUGGACCAUGAUAGUUCGUUGGUGAUGUGGACACCAAGGAACUUGAAGCUCUCAACCUGUUCCACUACAGCCCCGUCGAUGAGAAUGGGGGCGUGCUCAGUCCUCUUUUUUUUCCUGUAGUCCACAAUCAUCUCCUUUGUCUUGGUCACGUUGAGGGAGAGGUUGUUGUCCUGGCACCACACGGCCAGAUCUCUGACCUCCUCCCUAUAGGCUGUCUCAUCGUUGUCGGUGAUCAGGCCUACCACUGUUGUGUCGUCGGCAAACUUAAUGAUGGUGUUGGAGUCGUGCCUGGCCAUGCAGUCAUGGGUGAACAGAGAGUACAGGAGGGGACUGAGCACGCACCCCUGAGGGGCCCCCGUGUUGAGGAUCAGUGUGGCAGAUGUGUUGUUACCUACCCUUACCACCUGGGGGCGGCCCGUCAGGAAGUCCAGGAUCCAGUUGCAGAGGGAGGUGUUUAGUCCCAGGAUCCUUAGCUUAGUGAUGAGCUUUGAGGGCACUAUGGUGUUGAAUGCUGAGCUGUAGUCAAUGAAUAGCAUUCUCACGUAGGUGUUCCUCUUGUCCAGGUGGGAAAGGGCAGUGUGGAGUGCGAUAGAGAUUGCAUCAUCUGUGGAUCUGUUGGGGCGGUAUGCAAAUUGGAGUGGGUCUAGGGUUUCUGGGAUUAUGCUGUUGAUGUGAGCCAUGACCAGUCUUUCAAAGCACUUCAUGGCUACAGACGUCAGUGCCACGGGUCGGUAGUCAUUUAGGCAGGUUAUCUUAGAGUUCUUGGGCACGGGGACUAUGGUGGUCUGCUUGAAACAUGUUGGUAUUACAGACUCAGUCAGGGACAUGUUGAAAAUGUCAGUGAAGACACUUGCCAGUUGGUCAGCACAUGCUCGGAGUACACGUCCUGGUAAUCCGUCUGGCCCUGCGGCCUUGUGAAUGUUGACCUGCUUAAAAGUCUUACUCACAUCGGCUACGGAGAGCGUGAUCACAUAGUCGUCCGGAACAGCUGGUGCUCUCAUGCAUGCUUCAGUGUUGCUUGCCUCGAAGCGAGCAUAGAAGUGGUUUAGCUCGUCUGGUAGGCUUGUGUCACUGGGCAGCUCGCGGCUGUGCUUCCCUUUGUAGUCUGUAAUAGUUUUCAAGCCCUGCCACAUCCGACGAGCGUCAGAGCCAGUGUAGUAUGAUUCAAUCUUAGACCUGUAUUGACUCUUUGCCUGUUUGAUGGUUCGUCGGAGGUCAUAGCGGGAUUUCUUAUAAGCGUCCGGGUUAGAGUCCCGUUCCUUGAAAGCGGCAGCUCUACCCUUUAGCUCAGUGCGGAUGUUUCCUGUAAUCCAUGGCUUCUGGUUGGGGUAUGUACGUACGGUCACUGUGGGGACGACAUCAUCGAUGCACUUAUUGAUGAAGCCAGUGACUGAUGUGGUGUACUCCUCAAUGCUGUCUGAAGAAUCCCUGAACAUGUUCCAGUCUGUGCUAGCAAAACAGUCCUGUAGCUUAGCAUCUGCGUCAUCUGACCACUUUUUUAUUAGCCGAGUCACUGGUGCUUCCUGCUUCAGUUUUUGCUUAUAAGCAGGAAUCAGGAGGAUAGAGUUAUGGUCAGAUUUGCCAAAUGGAGGGCGAGGGAGAGCUUUGUAUGCGUCUCUGUGUGUGGAGUAAAGGUGGUCUAGAGUUUUUUCCCCUCUGGUUGCACAUUUAACAUGCUGGUAGAAAUGAGGUAGAACGGAUUUAAGUUUCCCUGCAUUAAAGUCCCCUGCUACUAGGAGCGCUGCAUCUGGAUGAGCGUUUUCCUGUUGAUUAAUGGCCUUGUACAACUCAUUCAGUGCAAUCUUAAUGCCAGCAUUGGUUUGUGGUGGUAAAUAGACAGCUAUGAAAAGUAUAGAUGAAAACUCUCUUGGUAAAUAGUGUGGUCUACAGCUUAUCAUAAGAUACUCUACCUCAGGCGAGCAAAACCUUGAGACUUCCUUAGUAUUUGAUUUUGUGCACCAGCUGUUGUUUACAAAAAUACAGAGACCGCCACCCCUCGUCUUACCCGAGUCUGCCGUUCUGUCCUGCCGAUGUAGCGUAUAGCCUGCUAGCUGAAUGUUGUCAUUGUUGUCAUUCAGCCACGACUCCGUGAAACAUAAGAUAUUACAGUUUUUAAUGUCCCGUUGGUAGGAUAACCGUAAUCUUAAAUCGUCCAUUUUAUUAUCCAAAGCUUGAACGUUGGCUAAUAGGAUUGAUGGGAGAGGCAGUUUACUCGUUCGCCGUCGGAUCUUUACAAGGCACCCCGACCUACGUCCACGGUAUCUCCGUCUCUUCCUCACGCGAAUGACGGGGAUCUGGGCCUUGUCUGGAGUCUGUAGAAUAUCCUUCGCGAACGCCUCGUUGAAGAAAAAGUGUUCGUCCAACGCGAGGUGAGUAAUCGCUGUCCUGAUAUCCAGAAGCUCUCUUUGGUUAUAAGAGACGAUGGCAUAAACAUUAUGUACAAAAUAAAUUACAAAUAACGCGGAAAAACACACAUACAAUUGGUUAGAGGGCUGUAAAACGGCAGCCAUCUUCUUCCGGCGCUGUUCAAUUAAAGUAAAGCAGUAUGUAACAUUAUUAAAGUGACUAGUGUUCCAUUAUUAAAGUGGCCAGUGAUUCCAUGUAUAUGUACAUAAGGCAGCAGCCUCUAAGGUGCAGGGUUGAGUAACUGGGUGGUAGCCGGCUAGUGAUGGCCAAGAAAUAACAUACAAAAAAUACAAAAUACUGCAAAGUUGCUUAGGAGCUAGAAGCAGAGCUGCCAUGUCUGUCGGUGCCAUAGCUCUGUGAGUGAGCAAGAUUGAGCUAGCGUAAUGUUGAACACUUGAACAGGAUUUUAACUUCUCUAUCAAACAAAUUUUAACAUUUUGAAUUUUGUCAAUUUUCUCUAUGAUUUAGCCUAACAGGGUGGAAAUGUAUGAGUGGGACAUACAGACUCACAACAUGAAACAUGGAAAAAUAGAUACAACUGAGUGUUAAUAUUUAUGUCCUGUACCUUUGCACCAUUGUUUUCCCACCAAAGAAAUUAUGACACUUCCUGAAUGUGGGAUCAUUUUAGAAAGUUUUCUUAAAUGGAGAAUUACAACAAACUAACAGGGUGGGAAGUGAUGUCAGGGACAUACAGAACAUCUUAAAUAAAAUAAUAAUAAAUACAAUAAUCAUGAGAAAAAUAACUUAUUGAUGAGAGAGAAUUUAACUAGAGCUAUAAAAUAAUGAAGAAAGAUUUUAAAUGUUAUUAUUUUAAGGCUUAUAUUUCUUGUGGACGUUGAUGAAUAACACCGGGGACAUGGCAAAACCCCCUACAUCCACUGAAACAAAGUGUUCAAAGUGCAUCAAAUUCCCUUGCAAGAUCCAUAUUUUUGUGUUUCUAAGGUAAAGGACACCUGACCUUAUAUUUAAAGCCUUUUGGAAUCCACAUUAUACACUAAAUAAGAAGUGAUGUUUCCUGAGGACAGAAAAGGCUCCACAUGGUAGGAAUGACCCAUCUAUUGUUUUCUGAUUCUUCCAGAACUGUAAGACAGCCAAGUGCCAACCUAUGAAAUGUGUCCUGAAAGACAUGGAGUUGAUGAGCGAUUUCUUUGUGAACGUGACCACACGGAUAUGGAACGGUACCUUUGCUGCUGUAAGUAUAGAUAGACACAUUCAUCUGUUCCUCAUCAUCUACAUGCUUGCUUCUCGUCUUUAAUGGUGUCCAGUCAUUACCUCAUUAAUCCUCCUAUUGUGUUGUUUCUGAGCAGUCCUCAUUCCAGUCUACCGUGCUGACUGUGAGCACAGAGAUAGAGCCUUCCCAACCUGAACUGCUGGUUAUCUCUCACAAGCACCUGACGGUACUGGACAAAUACUUUAAAUACUUUUCAAUACACCUUAAUGUCAUAUCUCUGAUAUCCAGGCAGAGAGACGCUGAAAAAAACAUGCCUUGUUUGUUGAUUUGUACAAGUUGAAUGUGUCUACGCUGUCCUCUCCUGAAUCUUAGAUGAACAGCAUAUUAACAGCUAGCUACACUCCUUGCAUUGCCUGUCUCCUGACCCCUGUCCCCUGUCUCCUGACCCCUGUCCCCUGUCUCCUGACCCUGUCUCCUGUCUCCUGUCUCCUGACCCUGUCUCCUGACCCCUGUCUCCUGACCCCUGUCUCCUGACCCCUGUCUCCUGACCCUGUCCCCUGUCUCCUGACCCCUGUCUCCUGACCCCUGUCUCCUGACCCCUGUCCUCUGUCUCCUGACCCCUGUCCUCUGUCUCCUGACCCCUGUCCCCUGUCUCCUGACCCCUGUCCUCUGUCUCCUGACCCCUGUCCUCUGUCUCCUGUCUCCUGACCCUGUCCCCUGUCUCCUGACCCCUGUCCCCUGUCUCCUGACCCCUGUCCUCUGUCUCCUGACCCCUGUCCUCUGUCUCCUGACCCCUGUCCUCUGUCUCCUGACCCCUGUCUCCUGUCUCCUGACCCCUGUCUCCUGACCCCUGUCUCCUGACCCCUGACCCCUGUCUCCUGACCCCUGUCUCCUGUCUCCUGACCCUGUCCCCUGUCUCCUGACCCCUGUCUCCUGACUCCUGUCUCCUGACCCCUGUCUCCUGACCCCUGUCUCCUGACCCCUGACCCCUGUCUCCUGACCCCUGUCCCCUGUCCCCUGUCCCCUGUCUCCUGACCCCUGUCCUCUGUCUCCUGACCCCUGUCCUCUGUCUCCUGACCCCUGUCCUCUGUCUCCUGACCCCUGUCCUUUGUCUCCUGUCUCCUGACCCCUGUCUCCUGUCUCCUGACCCCUGUCCCCUGUCUCCUGACCCCUGUCUCCUGACCCCUGUCUCCUGACCCCUGACCCUGUCUCCUGACCCUUGUCCCCUGACCCUGUCUCCUGACCCCUGUCUCCUGACCCUGUCCUUUGUCUCCUGUCAUGUCUGCAGGUUGGCGUCACCAUCAGUAAACCAGGGGUGAAAGGAGAGGUGCCUGUAGGCAUUAUUGUGGGCAGUGUGAUUGGAGGCCUGCUUCUAUUGGCUCUCAGCAUUGGCCUGCUUUGGAAG